ACACAGCUGUGAUAAACUCACUGUAACUCCCUGCUCAGCACCAAAUGCCAACAAAGUUAGCAAAAGAAUAGUAAACAAAUUCGAGCCUUAAUCAAAAUAUGCAGAGGCUAUAUAUUUCAGAAGUUGGUGGAGACUACACUGAAGAGUUCAAAGGAGAGUGAAUAUUGGACUUUGUCAGGUGGCCAGAAGGACGACUUCAAAUGAACGCUAACAUUAACAUGACUGGUCUGCUGGAUUUUACAGUAACUUAGGAAAGAACGACUAUUUGUUAAUAUAUGUUGAGGCUUUGUAGCUUGUUUUAUACUUUUUUAGGGCAGACAAAUGGAUUCAGAUUUUAAUUUAGUUAGUCAUUUCUACUAAAAUUAGCCUACUACUAUAAAUGAAUAAUGUUGAUAGCUAACGUUAAUGUUAAUGCUAGCUAGCCACCUUACUAACCAAUAGCCAAUAGCCUAACAUUACCUGAGCUAAAAAUAAUUUGAACUAGUUAGCUAACAGUGCUAUCAACUUUCAGCAACGUUAAGCUAAUGAUAAUUUAAUUAUUUGAAUCUGAUAUUUGAUUUUGAUGUCAUUGAGUAGCUAUAGUAGGAGUCAGUGCAUGCAGACUUUAAUAUAACAUUGCCUGAUGACUUUCCACUUUCCACUAAGUGAAUGCCUUAUUUUUCAUAAACCUGCCUCAAAAUGUUCAUAUUAUUUAACAAAUUAGUAUAAAAGAAUUAAAUUUAAUCUUUAACAGUCUGAAGUUACUGUAUGAGCCAGUUAAGCUCACAUACUAAGGGCAAGUUAGGUAACGUUAACGUUAAUGUUUAUUAAUUCAUAGUAAGUGUGUAGACUGACAUGUGUUAAAGGUUUUUAAUAUGAAUAACCUUUUUAAAAAUGUUUAUCAGAUCAUCCUCUUAUGCUGUGGGAACCCUUCAUGGAGCUCAGGAGGAACCCGGACCCCACUGUGGGAGCCACAGUGCUCCACGUUCCUGUGGAACAAGCAGGUCUAGCGCCCCCCUAAGUUGACAGUCAUAACCCUUCAUCCAAUCCACGGGGACAGGACCGCUGCUCUGUCAGUUUCUUUCCCUGCUCUUGAGCGCCCGCCGAUGCGGUGCUGAGCAGGCGUGAGCAUCGUGAAGGACACAGGGACGGAAGCAUUGGCCCUCUACGGAAGAUUGAGCCGUACUGCUUAGUAAUGGCCCAUUGCAGGGUUAUUCUGCCAGGAUGUCAGGUGCUGGAGAAGGAGUCAUGGGCGCGUCCUGACUCACCAGUCAAGACUUCAGUGGAGAGAAACGGUCUAUGCUACUACAUGUUGCCAAAGAAAACCAGGCAGUCCUGCUAAUGUUCCAUCAUCUGAGCUUCUGAACCCCACCAGGUGGUCCUCACUUCAACACCAUGCUGUACCUCAUCCUGCUCCUCCAUCUCCUGGUCCUCUCACUCUCCCCUGCAGAUGCAUCAAUGCACGGAGAGGUACCUGACUUUUGUGGAGGCGAAGCCACAGGUUACGGGCCAGUGUUUGAGGAGCAGCCGGUGGAGACCAUCUACCCCGAGGAGUCGCCUGAGGCUAAAAUCACCAUGAGCUGCCGGGCCCGGGCCAGUCCACCUGCCACAUACAAGUGGAUGAUGGACAACACGGAAAUUGACCUGAAUGCAGAAGGUAGCCACUACAGUUUAGUAGGAGGCAACUUGGUCAUCAGCAACCCCAUCAAAGCCCAACAUGUAGGAAGCUACUCCUGUUUGGCUACCAACAUGUACGGCACAGUCAUCAGCCGACAGGCCUCAGUGCAGUUCGGAUACCUCGAUCUUUUCUCGUCGGAGGAGAGGGAGUCAGUGUACGUCAAAGAGGGACAGGGGGCAGUGCUGCUCUGCGCUCCCCCACCGCAUUAUCCAGCCGAGCUGUCAUUCCGAUGGAUCCUCAAUGAAUUCCCCACCUUCAUCCCACUGGACAAGAGGCGUUUCAUCUCCCAGAUAAAUGGUAACCUCUAUAUCUCCAAGGUGGACUCCUCGGACAGUGGCAACUACUCUUGCAUUGCAUCCAGCCCGUCCAUUUCCAAGAGCGUUUUCUCCAACUACAUCCCCCUCGUACCUCUGGCAGAACGUCCCAUCAGGAAAUACCCUGCUGACCUCAAAGUCAAGUUCCCAGACACCACUGCUCUGGUGGGCCAGAAUAUCACAUUGGAAUGCUUUGCUUUGGGGAACCCCGUCCCCGAGAUCCGCUGGAAGAAGUUAAACGGACAGCUGCCGCCCAAUCACGAAGUGCGGAUGGCGGGGGCUCAUCUGCACCUGUACAAUGUGCAGUUUGAAGACGGCGGCACCUAUCAGUGUGAGGCAAUGAACUCCAGAGGAAAGGACUACCAUGCUGCACUUGUGUCUGUAGAAGCUUUUCCUGAGUGGGUGGAGCACAUCAGCAGCACAGAGAAAGACCUUGGUAGUGAUUACACUAUGUCCUGCGUAGCCAGUGGCAAACCUAAACCACGCAUUCGCUGGCUGAAAAACGGAGAACCGUUUGACAGGAAAGAGAUGCAGUUCAGCAACUUGUCGUUUGACGAUUCAGGGAUGUACCAGUGCAUUGCAGAGAAUCAUCACGGAGUCAUAUAUGCCAAUGCAGAGCUGCGUGUGUUUGCUUGUGCUCCCACGUUUGAACACAACCCAGUGAAGAGAGUCCUGGCAGCUAAAAACGGUCGGGUGGUGAUCGAAUGUCGUCCCAAAGCAGCUCCAAAGCCUACCUUCUCCUGGAGCAAAGACACAGAGCUGCUUUCCAAUUCUACCAGGAUGUUCAUCUGGGAGGAUGGGAGCUUGGAGAUCCUCAACGUGACGCGAGCAGAUGAAGGCAGGUACACCUGCUUCACAGUGAAUGACCGGGGCAAGGCCAACAGCACGGGCUCUCUGUUGGUUACAGAGUCCACAAAGAUCACCUUGGCACCGGCCAAUGCUGAUGUUAAAGUUGGUGAGAACGCCAUGAUGCAGUGCGGUGCAUCACAUGACCCCUCUCUGGACAUCACCUUUGUCUGGUCUCUGGAUGGCCGGGUCAUUGACCUUCACAGGGAGAGUGAACAUUAUGAACGCUCCUUGAAUGGAAGCUCAAACGGCGAGCUGCUGAUCAAGAACGCCCAGCUAAAGCAUGCUGGACGCUACACCUGCACCGCACAGACACCCAUUGACAAUGUUACUGCUUCUGCCCACCUGGUUGUCAGGGGUCCCCCCGGUGCCCCAGGUGGGGUACGAGUGAUGAACAAAACUGACAAGAGUGUGACACUGCAGUGGAGCCGUGGCGCAGACAACCACAGCCCCAUUUCCAAAUAUACCAUUCAGUACAUGGACCCCUUCUCGAAGGAUGUCUGGAAGAAUGCCACUACAUCUCCUGCAGACGUAGAGGGGAAUUCAGAGAAGGCCACAGUGGUGGAUUUGUUCCCCUGGACAGAAUAUGAGUUCAGGGUUAUUGCCACCAGCACUCUGGGGACAGGAGAGCCAAGCAGUCCGUCACCUAAAGAGAAAACCCUGGAAUCAAUUCCUGUGGUGGCGCCCUCGGACGUCAGUGGGGGUGGAGGGACUAGCAAAGAACUGACCAUCACGUGGACGCCUGUACAGCCACAGUACUACUAUGGACCUAAUUUUGGCUACAUUGUGGCCUUUAAACCAUAUGACAGCUACGAGUGGAGUAUAGUGACAGUCGCUGACCCUCAGGCCAAGCGCUAUGUCCACAAAGAUUCCUCCAUCCCUCCAUCGACAGAAUUUCAAGUCAAAGUCAAAGCAUUCAACAGCAAAGGAGAGGGACCCUUCAGCCGAACAGCCGUCAUUUAUUCUGCACAGGAUGCUCCAUCUAAAGCUCCUGAAAGUGUUGAUGGCAGAGCUCUCUCUGCCACAGAGGCCAUCGUGUGGUGGCUGCCACUCUCACAGAGCAAUAUAGAUGGAUAUCAGGUAAAGUACUGGAGAAAUCAUAAAGACAGUGAGGGAGGGGCCCAGAGGGUGGUGGUAUCGAGCAGGGAGAACCACACCAGGCUGGAGGGUAUGAAGCCUAACUCUCACUACCUUGUUGAAGUUCGGGGCUACAACUCUGCAGGAUAUGGGCCGCCCAGCGAGCACCUCCAGAUCCUCACCAAGAAAGCCCCUCCAAGUCGCCACCCCAAAAUAAUUAAUAAAAAGUUAAAAGGACAGACGAUACAUAUUGCCUGGGAAAAUGUGGAACCACUGGCUAACGAGUCAUCGAUAGAUGGUUACAAAGUGCUGUACAGGCAGCAGGGCCACUCCACAGGCACUCUGUACACAACCAGUAGGCAGUACAUAGACCUUCCCCUGCACGCAGAUGGGAACUAUGUGGUGGAGGUCCGGGCGCACACAGAGGGGGGAGACGGAGCUGUGGCAAAAAUCGACAUCACAGGUGGAGGUGUCAUGGCUGCCCAGACUCUCAGCGGACUCUCCCUGUUCCUGGUGGCUCUCCUCUGCCUGAAUCUCUGAAUGUAGCGCCAUCUUUCUCUUCACUUCCCGUGAAGGAGACUCCUGUAAGGACUUUGUUGACGCCCAUAAGGACUUUGGGACUCUUUCCACAAACCGUUGGUUCCACCCUAUAACCCGGGACGCCAUAUUCCAACUCUUCCCCCUCUGGAAUAUGUUUGUGGAAAUAGACACAGAAAUGGAAAAAUUGGAAAUGGACAAAGACAUCCCUUAUUUAUCCACAAAAAGCCUCUUUGGAGGGGUGUCAAAGGAGUUCUGUCAACUUUUUAAAUAUGCCUUAUAUAAAUGACUGCACUUAUCUUUCACAAUAACUUGUUUUAAAAAUGGAUCAUGACUGAAAGGAUGAACAUUACACUAUCAUAGGUUGGCUGUUAAGUGUUUUUACAUCAUGAAUCCGACCUUUCUCAUAUAAAUAAUGAACAUGUUUGUUUAGAAAUGUAGGCUUCAGUUGAUAUGUGAUAAUUUGGAAAACCUAUCCUUCAGUGCAAUCUAUAUUAUAAGGUAAUCAAGUAGCUGUGAAGGAUAAGUGUAUGAGUUUAUAAAAAUGUCUUUAUGUCUGUCUUUCUUUAUUUGCAGUUCAGUGGCAUUUUCUUCUACUUUCUUUUUUAAAAUGAAGCACACACUUUGUUACAGAGAUACAGUCAAAGCAAAUCUCAUCCUCUCAUACGUUUACAUUUUAUUAACAAACAUCAUAGAGGAAAGAACAAUUUAUGUCAUGCUAAAAUAAUAUAUCCAAUAAUUGAUAUUGUUUCUAAUAUACUAUGGAUGUUAUUUGAAGAAAUCAAUAUGUUUGACCUGCAAUCAAUGCUUAUUUCCAAAUCAUAACAUGAGCUUUAUUAAUAGAAUACCACUUUCGCAUUGUGUGCAUGUUGACAUUGUUACAUGGGAAGAAAAGUUUAAAAUGGCUCACAAGUGUCUGGGCAUAUGGAUCCAUAUUUGCAAAGCUGAAUGUAAAGAAAACUAUAGGAACAGGAAGUACACUGAACAACAUAUCAGACAUUUCAAAUGUAAAACUGCAGCAAACAAUGUGUGACAGUGGUUAUUUUAAUCGCUUGCCAUCUCUGGUCAUACUUGUACAACUGUGCAGUCAGUGAUCAAGGCUUUGCCACACCAUCUGGAUCGAUGUUUUUUAACCAAACUUUAAAAAAACCCUUUUGUUUUGACUGUAUCAUUAGGACCUCUGUGGUACCCGCUGGUGCUUUGUAAAGAAUGUUGGCAUUUUAUUUAGUGUAAACAUUUUAAUUUCACCUCUCUCAUUUAAUGGCUUUGUGUGAGAGUCACUAUUAACAGUUACAGUGAACGGUAGCGACGCUCAUGUCCUCCAAUAAUUGUGCAAUGUCUGAUUCUCCUGUGGCUACUUUAUAUUUUCUAAUAAGACAACUUGCCUAGCUCCUAUAACAACAAUAACAACCUAUAAUUAUUAUAUUUAAUUUGUCAUUAUUUGGCAUAAACAGAUGAUAAGCAAAGCCAUCCAUGUCAGCAGUAAGAUCUUUUUUUCCGCUGCAUUCUGCAGACUUUUUAUUAACAUGUGAUGAGAGAUAUAUAAACAUUAUCAACUGUUGUCUUUUUGUUUGUCAUGAUUAUUAUAUUUGUAUGUCAUGACCCACCUCUAGCUGGACAGUUUAAAAGUUUAUUUCCCUCAAGUUUAGAAGCAAACGUUGUGUUUUGAUGUCCUCCGAUUCCUUUAUUGUGUGACUGUUGCUCGCCAUGCUUCUACAUUGUGACUAUAUCAACAUCCACCACAAAGUGCUUUUCCCAGUUUUCCUUCAUGCGACAAAUCAUAAAAAGAGUUGCCAAAUGCAUGAAUGCCUUGAACUCUGACAUUUUGGAAGAAGCAGUGACUCUACAUUCUAACAUGCAUGACAUUGGAGACCAAGUGGUACAUUACUUUGCAACAAAUCGACAUCAUAGCAACUUCUCAACCUCUCAGCUUCAUGUGAAAUACAUUCCAUUCCUGAGUGACAUCCCUUUAUGUCACAGACAGUGUAGAUGUAAGCUUAAUAUGUGCGUUAGCUGCUUCAUUUAGCCAGACAUCUCAUGUGAAGUCUCGGGAGAGGAUUUUUAGACAGAAAAUCUAAAACUGACUAAAGGAAUCUCACUCAUUGAAGUUCAGAAGUGGUCCUGCAGUCAGUCUUACGCACACGAUGGUUGGGAUUUGAUAGCAUCACUGGUGGCAGUGGUAGCAUGUUUGGCUGUUUGCUGAAGUUCAGUGCUUCGCUGGACUUGAACGGCACUUGUGAGGGAUGAAACUAGAACCUCUCAUUGGCUGGAGAAGAAACAAUAAAAGUGUAGUUAACUAUU